GGCUUCUUGGCUUCUCUGUCGUAACUCUCACCUCAGUACCUCGGCCAUGGCUCAUCUAUGGCGGCGGCCAGGUGGAUCAGUGCCGGCGGCGGCUUUGAGGCGGAUCUUCCUCACUGGAGGUCGAAGAGCAUCUUCAUCGUCCUCCGCGGCGCCACCGGAGCUCCCGCCAUUCGAUCAUGUGCCACGGCCUUACAAGGGAAUGCUGGGAGAUGAGAUUCUCCGAAAACGUCAGAGAUUUCUCGGGCCUUCUAUCUUCUAUUACUACCAGAAACCACUCAAUAUUGUGGAAGGGAAGAUGCAGUAUCUGUAUGAUGAAAAUGGGAAACGUUAUCUUGAUGCAAUUGCUGGAAUUGUGACUGUUUCAUGCGGGCAUUGCCAUCCUGAUGUGGUAGAUGCUGUGAUAGAACAGAGCAAAAUACUCCAACAUGCCACCACUAUAUACCUUCACCAUGCUAUUGUUGAGUUUGCGGAAGCUCUGGCAUCAAAGAUGCCUGGAAAUCUCAAGGUUGUUUAUGUUGUAAAUUCUGGGACAGAAGCAAAUGAGUUGGCAAUGUUGAUGGCUCGGUUAUAUAGUGGUAAUCUUAGUAUGAUUGCUUUGAGAAAUGCCUACCACGGGGGAAGUUCAGGAACAAUAGGGCUGACAGCACUGCAAACUUGGAAGUACCCCAUACCUCAAGGUGAGAUUCAUCAUGUUAUGAAUCCGAAUCCAUAUCGAGGAGCCUUUGGCUCUGACGCUGUUUCUUAUGCCAAAGAAGUAGAGGAUCACAUCAACUUCGGGUCUUCUGGAAACAUUGCUGGUUUUAUUGCAGAAACAUUUCAGGGUGCUGGGGGUGCAGUGGAAUUGGCACCAGGGUAUCUCAAGUUAGUCUAUGAUAUGGUGCGAAAGGCUGGCGGGGUUUGCAUAGCUGAUGAAGUACAAAGUGGAUUCGGCCGCACUGGCAGCCAUUACUGGGGCUUUGAGACACAAGGUGUCAUUCCGGACAUUGUCACAAUGGCAAAGGGUAUCGGUAAUGGUCUGCCUUUAGGAGCUGUGGUCACAACACCUGAGAUAGCACAAGUGUUGUCAAAGAAGAUUCAAUUUAACACUUUUGGUGGGAACCCAGUUUGCUCUGCCGGUGGUCUUGCAGUCCUCAAAGUUAUUGACAAGGAAAAACGGCAAGAGCACUGUGCUAGUGUUGGUUCCCACUUAAUUGAAAGAUUGAAGACUCUUCAACAAAAGCAUGAAAUCAUAGGAGAUGUCAGAGGCAGGGGACUGAUGUUGGGAGUGGAAUUUGUGACAGAUAGGAAGGAGAAGACACCUGCAAAAGCAGAGGCAGCAGUACUAUUAGAAAAGCUCAAAGAUCUUGGAGUGUUGGUUGGGAAAGGAGGUUUGCACGGAAAUGUCUUCAGAAUAAAACCACCGAUGUGCUUCACCAAGGAUGAUGCAGAUUUCCUUGUGGAUGCUCUGGACUAUGCUAUCUCAGGAAUGUGAAGAAACAACGAUGCAAUCCAAUGUUUCAAGCACCAAAACAUCGUGGAGUAAGUGUUUGGAUAUAUUUGGUUUUCAGUUUGAUGUAUUAGAGUGAGGAUGUGGAAAAGAAUGGUGCUGCAAUUUGAUCAGGUUUGAGAAUGAGGACACUUGGUAGAUUGUUCAGUUACAAAUAAUUGACAGGCAUUGACAAGUUUGUAAUAUUGGACAGUUAUCAAUAUGCGAACUUUGUGAAAUAAAGCAUAGCCUUUCUUUCUUCCAUCUUAA